GCCCCGUUGCUGAGGUGACGGGGCGGAAGCGGCUGCGGCUCCGCGCGCCAUUUUCAAACGGGCAGCGCGGCCUAGGAGAGGGCCCACCCCGCGGGGCGCGGCGGCCUCCGAGGGAAGGAGGAGGAGGAGGGCGCAGCCGGCGGGAUCGGGCGCGGCCGCUGGAGCCGCCCCGAGGAGAGCGUGGCGCUGAGCCGCUUCCGUCUGUGCUGUCCCUGGGGAGCGCAGAUUAGCCCGGGCAGCUCCCUCAGCGUCACGGCCUACGCGCUGGUUGCUCGUUUCCUCGGGGUUCUGCAGUCCCCGUUCCCCGCCGGAGCUGCGUCUCUGCCGAAGCCUCUCUGAAACAUCGCGGCUACUCCUUAGCGGCUCGCCCUGCAAGAAUUUGCUUGUAACGGUGCCCUAUUUUUCUUGACUGUGACAAAAGCUGCUUUGAAGGUGUGCUUACAAUGACUACAACUGCAGAGCGAAGGUUCAUUAAUCUCAGGAAACGUCUAGAUCAACUGGGCUAUCGGCAACCACUGGGAGUGGAGAGUUUACCUUUGGUGGAAAAGCUUUUUAGUGACCUAGUUCAUACAACUGAGAGCUUGCGCAGUGCAAAGUUAUCUGCUGGAAAAUCUGAAAAAGAGUGCAGCAAUUAUGAUGCUGUUUUGGAACCUUAUAAAACAGAGAAUGCCAAACUUACCAGGGAAAAUAAUGAGCUACACUUGGAAAUAUUAAAACUGAAAGAACAAUCUGAUCGUUACGUUAAAGAUUUGAAAGCCUCCUUAAGGAGGGUUGAACAUGAAACAGCUGACUUGAAAUUUCUGAAUAACCAAUAUGUACAUAAAAUUAAAAUGCUAGAAAAAGAGAACAAAGCCAAGACUGAAAAAAUUCAGCAGCUUCAGGAGAAGAAUCUGCAAGCAGUGGUGCAAACACCUGGUGGCAGAAAAAGAAGCAUUCCCUUCAGGCGUCAACGCAUGCAGAUAGACCAGCCUGUCCCCCCAUCAGGUGUUAGUGCCUAUCCAGUUCCUCAGCCAGAGGACCCUUAUAUUGCAGACCUUCUUCAGGUGGCUGAUAAUCGAAUUCAUGAACUUCAGUCAGAAGUAGCGGAACUACAGGAAAAACUGGAGAUAUCUGAACGUGAAAUGAAAAAUUAUAGCAAACAGGUUGAGCUCAGAGACAAAGAAAUAGAGCGCCUCAUGCUAGCAUUGGAUGGGGGGCGUUCUCACGAGAUUCUCUCUCUGGAAUCAAGAAGUAAAAGUAAUGAGAAGCUAAUUGCUCAUUUGAAUUUGCAGGUUGAAUAUCUUCAGCAAACAAAGAAAGAACUUGAAAAUCGCAUUCAAGACCUCUUGGACACUAAACAAAAUGUGACUAGUGAAGUAGUGCAUUUAAGCAAUAAAAAUGAAGAACUGUGUCAAGAACUGAAUGAAAUAGACCACUUAGCACAGCAGUUGGAAAGACACAAGGAAAUCGUGCUUGAGACUGCAGAUAAGGAAAUUGGAGAAGCAAAGAAAGAAAUUGAAAGAAAACAUAGUGAAAUACAGGAUCUUGAAGAAACAAUAACAAGGCUUAAAUCGGAGUUGUGCUCAUGUCGUAGGGAGAAUGAGAGACUGAGUGAAGAACUCUUCGGAAAAACAGAUGAUAAAGAGAAUCUUGAACUCUUGUUAAAUCAGCUUGAACAAGAGAAACAAAGGCUGACAGAAAAAACAGAGAACUUAGAAAUAAAAGAACGAGAACUUGUGCUAGAAGUAGAAAGGAUGAGAUUAGAAUAUGGUAUAGCCCUGGGAAACAAAUCUCCAUCUCGCCUAGAUGCAUUUAUAAAGACUUUAGAAGAAGACAGAGAUUAUUACAAGCAAGAAUUAGAAUAUCUUCAGAAAAUGAUAAAACGAAGGCCUAGCCCAAGCCGUAGGACUUCAGAGAAGAGUGAAGAUCUUAGAUUCAUCACCAGAGAAAGAGAUGAGCUACGGUCCAUGUUAGACAGAUUUGAAAAACACAUGAUAGAAAUUCAAUCCAAUGUCAAAUUAUUGACAACAGAAAGAGAUAGAUUAAAUAUCCUUUAUGAGCAAUCUCAGGAUGAAUUGAACAGGAUGAGAAAAGAAGCAAAACAUAGUUCAGUUUCUCAAAGUCACGUGGAAGAAGAAAGAGACAAUGCACUGGCUGAUUUUAGAAGAAUAAUGGCAGAAAAAGAAAGCCUCAGAGAAAAACUAAAGAUUCAGCAAGAAGCAGCUAACCUUGAAAAAUCAAAGAUGCAGCAUGAUAUUUCAGAACUGGAGAAUAAUAUUCAAGGAUUUGAGAUGGAAAGGUGUGAACUAAAGGCUACAAUCUCUAUCCUGAAAGAAAGAAUAAACUCUUUGGAAAAUGAAUUAAAAUUGAAGUCCAGUAAACUUGUCCAGACAUAUGAUGAUUCUUCUCAAUUUAAAGCUGAGAUUUGCUCACUUCAGCUCUUAAAUGACCAACUCCAGAGGUCUGUUGAAGAUUUACAGCACCGAUUGGCCCUCAAAAAGAAUGAACUGCAGUCAGCUCAAGAAGAAAUUGUAAAGCUAGAGGAGAAAAUAGAUAGGUUAAACCAGAGGAGCACUUCCCAGGAUGAAGCAGUCAAUGUGCUUAGAAGUACUAUUACUGUUUUGGACAAAGAAAAGGAUAGUCUUCAAGAAACUGUAGAUGAAAAAACAGAAAGAAUUGCAUGCUUAGAUGACAACUUAGCUAACAAGGAAAAAACAAUUGCUCAUUUACGUCUAACUCUCUCUGAACUGGAGUCCUCAAAUGACCAGAUGAAGGACAUGCUGAGCACCAGAGACCGUGAGAUAUCUAGCUUACAUCGCCAGCUUGAUACGUCCCACGUAGAGCUUGCAGAGAUAGGAAGAGUAAAGGAAAUGGCUCUGAAAGAAAACAGGCGACUGCAAGAUGACCUAGCUACAAUGGCCAGAGAAAACCAGGCUAUCAGCACUGAGCUUGAAGAUGCAGUACGUGAAAAAGAAGAAAUGAAAACCAGGGUUCAUAAUUAUAUAACUGAAGUUUCUAGAUUCGAGACCUUGAUGGCUUCAAAGGAAAAAGAAAAUGAAGUAUUGUUAGAGAAGUUCCGAAUGGUCCAUGCACAAGCAGAAGACUGGGAAAUGAAGGCUCAUCAAGCUGAAGGAGAAAGCACCUCAAUACGACUUGAACUCCUUUCUGUAGAUACAGAUCGGAGACAUCUCCAAGAGAAAGUAGAGCUUCUGGAAAAAGAGAUUCAAGGGCAUAUCUUUGCACAUCAAGCAUAUGAAUCUCAGAUCUCCUCCAUUACAAAAAAAAUGUCCAAAUUGGAAGAGGAUGUUAAACAUGAAAAUCAGGAUAAGUCUUCUGUGUUGGCAGACCUGGCUUCUGUGCGGGAACUCUGCGUGAAGCUUGAGGCUAACAAAGAACUUUUAUCUCGACAGCUGACAUCCAAAAGCAUGGAUUAUGAAAGGGUUCUAGGUGAAUUAGAAGAUAUAAAAUCAGAAGUAGAGUUGCUGAAAAAGCAGCUAUCCAGUGAGCGACUUACAGUUCAGAAUCUUGAAGCAUUGCUGGCUACUAGUAGAGACAAAGAAUUUAAGAAUCAUUUAUCAUCCCAUGAGAAAGAUUCUGAAAUUCAGUUACUGAAAGACAAGCUAACACUCGCCGAGAGCAAACUAAACAGCUCUAAUAGAGAGGUUCCCAUGCUUCGAAGUAAAGUUGCACAGCUGCAGACUGACUGUGAUACUUUAAAAAGGCAACUGACAACUGAACGAUUUGAACGAGAGCGUGCAGUUCAGGAAAUGCGUCGCCAUGGGCUCUCUACAUCAUCCUUACGUGCUUCACCUCCUCUCAGUUCAACAUUAAGAUCUCCCUCACAUUCUCCAGAACGUACCAGUGUAAGGACAACUGAGAAAGCAACAGCUGAAAAAAAUGUGAGCUUCAAGGAGUAAACAGUACUUGAGCAACUGAAGCACUACCUUGUCACUGGGGCUUUGGGUUUUUUUUGUUUAAAUGAUGAAGGCUGACUCGUAUUCUACCUCUGUUUUCUUCAAAUCAAUAAUUACCUUUGAAAUUUCUGAGAAACCAGUGAAGUAAUCAACUUUGCAAAAUUCUGCUUUCCCAACUGGCUGGACUGACUGGUUUUUGCUGAUUGUUUGACAGGUUUUGUAUCAAGGCUGGCUAAGUUGUGUUACUGUUUUGCAAACAUAGUAAUUAUAAGAAGGAAAUUGGUGCUUGAUAUGACAAUCUCUUGUUUCCACUUUCCUAUUUUAUUUCUGUUGGCUUAUCUCACACGGUUACAGGAAUUUUUCAUCUUAGUGUGAGCUAACAGUGAAUAACAUACAUGAUUGUCCUAAAAAUGCUGAGCCAGUAUAUGUUUUGUACUCAUGACUAUUUUCUGUGUUUGGGCUUUUAACAAGUGUUUUCUGUUUACAGGUCAUUUUUCCUGGUAUUUAAAAGUAUUGGUGAUCUAUUUUGUGAAUGUAUUUUGUUUACUGUACCUUUUCUUAAUAAAAAUGUAUUAGUUAUUCUUUAUUAAUGUUUUUGUCAUCUAAUAACUACUUAUCUCUUUUUGUUUAAUCUUUGUGUGAAAUUGCAUUUUAAACAUUACCCCAAUUGUCCUGGUUUCGGCAGAGUUAAUUUUCUUCCUUGAAGGGAUAUGUUUCCUUCUCGCUUGACAGGAGUUGCCUCCAGAGAUGGAGGAUAUGACACCAAUAUUAAAUAAAAAAUGAAGAGAAAAAUGUUAUUUUUAAAGAUGUAUUCAACUCCUGUGUUAUAAACCCAGACUUUUUCAAUUUUAUCUGGAGAUAUUUUUCUAAUUUUGGUUGUAAAAGAUCAGAGCAAAACCUGGAACCCUACACACAGUUAAAUUCAAGCUGUUGGAGAGGUGUCACAGGCCUUUGUGUUACAACACACAUAUUAGGUAAGUGCAGUGAGAACUAUCUUUAAAAUAUGUGGCGUAUUUAGCAAAGGAGCAUUUCAGAUUUAGGCUAUGAUGUAAAAUGCAAUUAGCAGUCACAAGCUUAUGAUGCAGAUAAUUGUGUAUCACAUCAUUCUAUUCAGGAACAUGCAGUUUUCUAGUAAUUACACACCAUUCAGGUUGACAUGACAUGUUAUGUUCAUAGGUAUCGUGCAGAGGAUGAGAAGUGGGAGCAUGUCUUGUUGUACAUCCUUGCGCUGGCCAAUAGUUGCCUAAUGUUGAAUGAAAAACUGUGACUACCAGCUAACAUUACAAGCAUCUCUAAGGUGUAAAAAACAUAUUAAACGACAGGGGAAAAAUAUAUACUUUUUUUUUUUUUUUUUUUUUUAGAUUUUGUCUAUUUUGCACUAAGAUUGUUACAGUUAGAAAUUAUAAAUACUAUUGUGUUGACUGGCAAUAUUGUUUCACAUAUUCAUAGAUAAAUAAUUGCUGUUGCAACCUAUAUAUUUAAUUUUUCAUAUAUUGUAUUUUGUCAGUUUUGUUAUUUAAUAUGUAUUAAAUUUUACUAAUUAAAACCACCUUAUUAACACCAUUCAGAAGUAGCUGAAAAUACUUGUAGUUCAUUGGACUUCUGAGCCAUUGGAAGGACUUGUGUAUUUGACGUGGGUCUACCUCACACUUCUUACCUUUUAGGUCUCUCAUGUGCCAGUUACAGGAAUGGGGAGAUUGUAAUCUCUAAAUGUUACUUACAUAUCAAUACUGUUUGUAAUUAAGUCAGCAGUUUCCACUGAUGCUAAUUGACAUUAAUUAUUCCGGAUGAAGCAGUUCAGUAAGAAUGAGAAAAGAACUCAUGUUCUGCUCUCGACAUCUUCAGUGGUGACUGAAUAAAAUAUCUUAUUUUGUAUGUAAACCCUUUAAAAUUGGGAUCUGAAUUUUUAAAAACAAAACGUGUUCCAUUUUAUUGAAAUUAUGUAUUUCAUCUUAUAAAAAUGUAUAUUUUGACAUUACAAUUAAAACCAUAGCACUUCAAUUACUGGUAAUUUGACGUGAAUAUCAAUUAUGAAGAAUUAGUGGAUCAUUGAACACAGGUGAUUUAGUAAAACUGGUAUCACUUCAGUGACCAAAGCCUGUGCAGCGUUUUGAAACUAAAACAUUAGUGAUAUUCAGACUAUAGUAAAGCUGUAAUUUUACCUUCCAUUGCUAUUAUUUUGUAUACAUUUUUGUAAGCAACUAGAAUAAAGUAAUAUUUAUACAACUUUGCUUUAAAAUCAAGUAUGUCAUUCCAUGAAGCACAAAAUGAGCACAAAUUUGUGGAAGAUUUAGAUCUCUUUCAUACAUGAUCCUAUGUGUCAUGUACGAAAUAAGCCUUAUGUGAGUUGGGAUAUUAACAUGACUCUCCUGGACUCCCCUCCAAGAAGCUCCUGUGCUGUCCUUGCCUUCCGGAAGAUCAAAAGCCCAGGGAAGCAUCAUGACCUGUUUUAGUCCUCAGCUGGGGUGAGUUGAAAACGGAAUAGGGCAGACACUAAA